UUGACCCCUAAGCCGAGAGCGUUUGCACUAGGAAGGCCCUGUGUAGUGCCGGUAACAUGUACCAAAUGUCUGUGCUGCAUCUGUUGCCCUUGGGCAGAACCUCGCUGGGCGUCCGUGAACCGAGGCGUGCUGAUAUGCGACGAGUGCUGCAGCGUCCACCGGAGCCUGGGCCGCCACAGCUCGCAGGUUCGCCACCUGACACACACGCCCUGGCCACCCACUCAGCUGCAGAUGGUUCAGAUGCUAUACAACAAUGGGGCAAAUUCAAUAUGGGAGCACUCUUUGCUGGACCCAGCUUCCGUCAUGAGCGGGAAGCGGAAGGCCAUCCCUCAGGACAAAGUGCACCCAAACAAAACGGAGUUUAUAAAAGCCAAAUACCAAAUGCUUGCGUUUGUCCAUCGCAUGCCGUGCCGAGAUGAUGACAGCUUUACGGCCAAGGACCUCAGCAAGCAAUUACACUCUAGUGUGCGAACUGGUAAUCUGGAGACGUGUCUGAGGUUACUGUCCCUGGGAGCCCAGGCCAAUUUCUUCCACCCGGAAAAAGGGAACACUCCACUGCACGUGGCUGCCAAGGCAGGCCAAGUCUCCCAGGUAGAGCUGCUUACGGUUUAUGGUGCUGACCCAGGGGCUCCGGACAGCAACGGCAAAACGCCAAUCGACUAUGCAAGACAAGCAGGGCACCAUGACUUGGCCGACAGGCUGGUGGAGAUUCAGUAUGAGCUUACAGACAGGUUGGCGUUUUACCUGUGUGGGAGGAAACCAGAUCACAAAAAUGGACAGCACUUCAUUAUCCCCCAGAUGGCCGACAGCAGUCAGGAUUUAUCGGAAUUGGCAAAAGCUGCAAAAAAAAAGCUCCAGUCUCUCAGCAAUCACCUCUUUGAAGAGCUGGCGAUGGACGUGUACGACGAGGUGGACAGGAGGGAGACAGACGCCGUAUGGCUGGCCACUCAGAACCACAGUACCCUGGUGACGGAAACAACAGUGGUGCCUUUCCUUCCUGUGAACCCAGAGUACUCGUCAACAAGAAAUCAGGGACGACAGAAACUCGCCAGGUUCAAUGCGCACGAGUUUGCGACGCUUGUCAUCGACAUCUUGAGCGACGCCAAACGCCGGCAGCAGGGGAGCUCAGUCACCAGUCCCAAAGAAAAUGUGGAGCUAAUUUUGAAGAGCGUGAGCAGCAGGCAUGGAAGCGAAGGCCAGGACAAUGACCAGCCGGACUAUGACAGUGUGGCAUCGGACGAGGACACAGAUCCGGAUGCUCCUACUGGGAAAGGAAACCGGACCAAGGUACUCAUUCAUGCCUCCCAUGAAUAUAUUUUAUAG